AUGUCCAAGUUUAUUUCAAAAUUCCGUCAGCUACAGGCGCGCACUUUGAGCCGCGAGUGUUGCUAUGAGAAUUUGCGCGUCACAAAAUUCGGCUGGGACGCGACCAUCUGCGCGGUGAAUCCUAAAUUUGUGGCCAUCAUUGUGGAGUCGGUGGGCGGUGGCUCGUUUGUGGUCACACCCUGCGCCCGUGUGGGUCCCCUGCCCAUGGACUAUCCGACAGUGAGCGGACAUGGCGGCUGGGUGCUGGACAUUGCCUGGAGUCCGCACAACGAUAACAUUAUUGCCUCGGGCUCCACCGAUGGUGUGGCACGUGUCUGGGCCAUACCCGAUGCCGGACUGUCUGAGCCACUCGAGCGGGCUGUCGUUGAUUUGAAAUUUCACAAAGGACGCUGCUGCCUCGUGCUGUGGCAUCCGUCGGCCCUCAAUGUGCUGGUCACCGGCGGCUCGGACAAUCAGCUGGCCAUCUGGAAUGUGGGCACGGGACAGGUCCUCAAGCUGCUGGACGCGCACCCGGCCCUGGUGUACAGUGCGUGCUUCAAUUGGAAUGGAUCCCAGCUGGUGACCAGCUGCCGUGACACAAUGCUGCGUGUCCUCGAGCCACGCACGGGCCAGCUGCUCGGCUCGGCGGUGUGCCACGAGGGCGCGCGUCCCACACGCGUAAUUGUGCUGCGCCAGGGAUUGAUCUUCACCACCGGGUACAGUCGCAGCAUGCAGCGCCAGUACUCGCUGCGUUCGCUGCAGCAGCUGGAGCCACCCCUGGCCCUGGUCGAUGUGGACUCGCAGAUUGGAUUGCUCUUUCCCAUCUAUGAUGCGGACACAAGUCUGCUGUUUCUGUGCGGACGCGGGGAUAACAUUUUGCGUUGCUAUGAGGUAACGGACAAGCCGCCGUUUCUGCACUACAUCAACACAAUCGCCUCGAAGGAGUCGCAGCGUGGCGUCUGCCUGAUGCCCAAACGUGGCUGCAACUUGCCGAACGGGGAGCUGGGAAAGAUCUUUCGCCUGAAUAGCAAAGGUGUCUGCGAGAUUAUGUCGUUGACGAUGCCGAACGAGCUGCCAGAGCAGCUGUUUGCGGCCACCCCAGCCAUUACAGCCGUCGAGUGGUUCAGCGGACAGAAUGCUGAACCCAAAAUGUGUGCCCCCAAGGCCAACACUGGCACUAGCCCAAAGGCGCUGCUCCCACCUGAGGCGAAGGAGCAGCAGGAGCGGCAGGAGCAGCAGGCACAGGAGCAGCUGCUGGACUCCGAGGAGCAAGACUUGGUUGCCCAUGCACUAUGGUCCAGACGACAACUUUUAUUGGCCAAAAAGAAAUUGUUAGAAGUUAAAAACAAGACGUGGUUUCAGGAUCCCUGCAUUAGAAAAAGAGUGACCCUCAAAGUUUCUAUGCCAUGUGACACUCCUGAUGGACCCUUGAUCACUUCGCUGGGCGCCACUCAAGGUGAGGAGCAGGCGGCUGUCGCGGAGGUUCCUGUCGAGGAAAACCAAUGA